GCGCGCUCCCGGGCGAGGGCGCUGCCGAGCCGCCCGGCGGGGGCAGCUCCCGGGCGCUGAAGGGCAGGGCCGCGGCGCUGAGGGCCCCGCCCCUGCCCAUCGCAUCCCCCCUCCACCUCUCGUCCCCGGGCCCGGGAGCCGGCGCGGGCCGAGUGGGGGCUGCACCCACCGUCUGCACCAGUCACCUCCGCGCAGCCCCAUAGGGACGGCACUGGGCCUGGAUGGGGCUCUCGCUGGCCCCUCCUUAGCGGGCCGGGCCUGGUGGGGCCGCGGGAGGUCCACGAGGGACGAGCGCUUGGGAACGGGCGUCCCCUCCACCGACGGGUGGGCCAGAAGAAGAGGCCGAGCCUGGGACUGCCCGCCCCUGCGGCCCCGUGGGUGUCCGUGCCAGCCUCGGUCUGCACAGGCAGCCCCGGCCCCGCGUCUUGGCCCUGCCGGCAGCCGGCUUGCCCCGCCGGUGCCCUGGGAGGAGCGGUGCAGGACAGUUCCUCCAGCCCCGGUCUGCCGUGCCAGCACUGCUGGAGCCUAGUGUGGAGUCCUCACCCCCACCGUAUGUGACUGCACCGUGCCAGGAGCCCUGUGGGCUUAUGGCCCUGUAGCCACAUCCCCUGUGGUGACAGAGGGCCGGGGCUGUGCCUGCCUGUGCUCCUGCUGCAACGGAACGUGAGUGAGCGAAUCCAUGUGUCCCUGAUGAGACGUCGCAGCCUCUUUUCAAUGCCAGGAUACCCCUUCCACCAUCCCAGCCCUUCCUGGGCUUGCUGCAGCCUGAGGAUGAUCGCUGUGGCAGCCCAUCGAGCACACAUUGUUUCUUGUACUUCUCCCUUGGUUCCUCCCUCUACCAGCUGAGGAUUAAGUUUCCCGUCCCUGUGGGCUGUGCUGUGGCCACUGCUGUGGGUUCACUGUGCAGGGGACAAACCCCAGCGCUGCUCUGUGCGAGCACUUCCCUACGUGCCCCCUCCCCUUCUCCAUGGGAGAUCCCCUGCCUGCUGCACACCAGCUGCAUUAUCCUGCUCCAAAUCCCUCUUCUGAAGUGACGUCUGCAGAACACUUGACUGAGAUUAGUGUGUCAUGUGGAGGCUCUUACUGCCCCCCCCCUCCCACUGCCCUUUGCUGCUCCCCUUCUCAGCACUUUUGGCAGCUGUCCCUUCCAGGGCUGCUACUGCCCACUUCAACUGCCCUGAAACAAAGAAUCCCUGAAAACGAUUCUCCAAUGAAUGAGGGGUAACAAGAAAGCAAAAGGUUUUGUUACUCCUGAGGGCAGUGUCCAGCUGUGGAGCUGCAGAGGCUGCUGGCUCAGCAGGAGAGGGUCAGAGUUCCCCCAGGUGCAUCCCAGGCUCCUGCCAGGACUCCUCUUGGGUGCCUGUUUUUUAUUUAAACCAAGAAUUGGUGCUUUUGUCCCAGCAGACAGCUGUGUAGUGCCUUGAGAGUGAUCCCAGCCUUAUCUCUCGGGCCAUUCCUCACUUGGCCUUGGUCAUGUGUGUUUCCUUCUUGCUGCCCUGCUUGAAUUUCCUGCUUCCUCAUGACUUGGCAGCAAGUGCCCUUGGAUCAACAUCAGUUUGCUGUGACAAGAAGUUGCAGACCGUUGUUCAAACAAGGGAACAGCAAGGAGGGGUGUUGCCUUGCCAUAGCCUUCGGCAUCGAUGGGGCACAACCGAAACAGCUUCCAGCCCUGCGCUGGGGUCUUCAGGAGGAAGCUGCAGCUUUGGCAGGGACUCAUAUUGAGCAGAACCAAUUUGGAAGCUGGAAAAUGUGACCAUGCUCUGGGAUAGAUUUGAGAUGCUUGGACUGCUCAGCGUGAGGGAGGCUGAGUUGUGGUGUUCUCGGUGUGUGUGCAGGGAGAGGGUCUGGUGAUGGGCCACUGCACUAAGGGAAAAGGAGCUCUGGGGCGUGUCAAGACUGGAAACGAGCUGCAGCUUUUACUGAGUGAACAUUGCAACCCUUCAGCUUGGGAUGGGCUGGGUGAGAUGGCCUGAAGGCUUUGGUUAGGUGUGAAGAUCUUGCUGUGAGAGGUGGUUUGGUUUUACUUCGGAGAGAAAUCGGCGAUGGGAUUUUCUUGAUGUGCUUCGAACUUGGGCUGUGGCCGGAAUCCGACCCGCUGUUUGUGUCAAGGGUUGUUUUUCCAGUAAUCUGGAUCUUUCUGAAGCACCCGCUUGCCUAAUGCCAUGAAUAUUGCAGCGAACAAUGUGGAAGAAAAAGCUGUCCAUUCCUGGUCCAGAAUAUCCACUGCAGGACACAAAGUGCUGGAGGAAGCCCUCCGAGUCUUCAACCCCAUGUCCAAGGACCUUUCGGACACACAGACCCAGCUGGUGGCCUUCCUUCAGAGCUUGAAGGAGGAGGGCUACCGGCCCACGGUGCUGCGCAGCAAGGAUGUGUACGGGUACAACUCGUGCACGGCAGCCUCGCCGCGGCAGCCGAGGGACGGCUCCCCGCACGGCUGCAGCCACGCUGCCCGCCCCGCUCCCAGCCUGGCUGCCAGAGCCGCGUCCACCGCGCCCUCCGGCCUCACACCGAGCCCGGCCAAAGCCUCCAAAGGGGAUUCCACAAACCUCCUCUUGAGCUCCUUGAAGCAGACGAGGUCGGGCGCGUCCCAGGCGGCGGCAGUGGGCUUCCCCGCCGGCGGGUAUCCCGAUGUGUACCCGGCCAUGAGACUGUCGGUGGUCCUGGAAGCGCUGGUGCCGCUGAAAUCCACCCCGUCCUGCUUGGAGCCCAAGUACACGCGGGGCCGUCUUGGCAUCUCGCCCUCGGACCUUAAACUCCUCAAGGCUUCGAGUCCGACGAGGCAGUUUUCAUCAGGCAAGAGCACUAAAGUAGCACAAGGGAAAGGGCACAAGCAUUCAGGGAAGAAAGCACCGGAUUCUGCCACCCUCACGCUGGAGCUGCCGAAGGGCCCAAGGGGCAGCGUGCUGCAGGAGAGCAAUGCCUGCAGAGCCUCAGGUGUGCUGCAGGAGAGCAAUUCCUGCAGAGCCUCAGGUGUGCUGCAGGAGAGCAAUGCCUGCAGAGCCUCGGGCGUGCUGCAGGAGAGCAAUGCCUGCAAAGCCUCAGGAGUGCUCAAUGGCAGGGUCACUGGCAGCUCCUCCCAGGGCCGCGCCACCACACCACAGGCCAAGGCCUUGAAAAACAGAGACGUGGAAGCUCUGGUGGGGAAAGCAGAGUGGAAGGCUAGCAGCACAUACCAGGAGAGCGCUGGGCAGAAGAAGAGACAAGCUGCAGAGGCGAGGGAAGCACCGCAGAGGAAGAAAACAAAAAGCAUUCCUGUCCGAAACAGAGCCCGGCGGGCUCAGAGCACUUGGAACCUGCUGAAAUUCCGGGCCAUCAAGGUGGGCAACUCCUCCUCUGAUGACGAAGUGAGGAGGAGAGCACAGAAGAUUCUUAGGGUCAACCUGUCCCCUGUGAUCCGCAUUCAGCCCCUGUCCCACUCUCUCAGCGUCCCCUGAAUUUCUUCACUUGGUCACUUUUUUUGUAAGUAACUCCGAGCAUGGCACCAGAGCAGGGAGAAGGUGAAGAGUGACUCUGGGUGUGGUGUGGUGAGCAGCCUGCUCUCGUGCUGUUUCUCCCUGUCUACCACUGCCAUGCAGAACUGGCUGCAGAAAUGCAAGAGGCCGCUGGGGAAGGUGGGCCAGUGAGGGCUGCCCGCAGCCAGCCAGGCAGGCCAGAGGGCUCACGUCCCACAGGUGCCGUCUUGAACGUGCCAGGCUGCUCUCUCCUGCAGGGGGAGAACCCGGGACCUUCCCGUCACAUUGAUGCACUGUGAUAUUACUCUUUUUCAAGCUGUACAUUUACUGGGUUUAUUUUGAUCAGAUUUUGUAACUUUAUUAUCUCUAUAUCUGUAUAUCCAUAUAUGUGCAUCGGGCCCAGGAACUGUGGGGACAUGCACUUCCUCCAUCCCGCUGGGAUUGGAUUUGAUAGCUUUUGUUCCCCCUCCUGUUCCUUCAGCCAGUCAGGAGCUUGUUGCAAGGUGCCAGGAUUUCUCUGUGGUUCAGUGUUGUGACAGCCUGUUCCGGGCUCUCCAGAGCAGCUCAGAGGCAGGCAGUGUUAUAGCCACUCGUCUCCAGAAAUGCCAAGCAAUUUGGAGAAUUACCAGCCAAUAGUUGAGUAGAGUUUGACUUUAAUCAUGCUUUUGACAUUACCUCUGCCUGAGAGUGGGGGAGUGUCACGGACCUGUUGCCUGCAAGUCUCCCUGGAUCUCUAGGUGCCUCCUCCGUUGAGCUAAUGAGCGAUUCCUCCUCGGCACCCAGUGUUGCGCUGCAGCCCUGUGCCCCAAGUUGGUCAUGAACCCUGACUGUCAGAGCUGAGGGGUUGGAGUUGUUAACAAGAAUUGUGUAAAGCAUCUGUCAUGGAACUGCUUUGCUGAUGCUGGAUGUUGCAGUAGCAGGUUCUAGGUGUCAGCAGAGAAGACACAGGCUGUAUUUGAAUGUAUUAGAUACCUGCUGGUCCCAGACCUCAGGGGAAUAUUUGAGCCUGAAUUAAAGCAGAGAAGUGAAAGAGUUCACAGAAUCAUGGAAUGGUGGGGUUUGGAAGGGACCUCUAGAGAUCAUGUGGUCCAAUCCACUGCAAAAGCAGGUUCACCUCAAUCAGGUCACACAUAGGCUUAAAUGUAGAGAGAUUCUUCCUGUUAGUCGGGUGAAGCAGUAGGAGGGGAGGUUGGCGCUGUGCUGCGAGGGAUGGCAGCUUUGUUGUGCCCUGGGAUGUCGUGAGGAGGCAUGUGGCAUGUGUGAAGGCACACAGGGGUCUUGUGGAGCCACUGCCAAUGGCUGCCUGAGCCCUCUGUGUGCCAGGAGACUGUGUGCUGGUGGAGCCAGGGUUGCUCUCUGCAGGGAGCAUCUGUAAGCUCCAGGAGAUACACUGCAAUGGUGCUGCUGCUGUCACCUGGGAGGAACGGUGUCCAGUGAGACAAUCUGUGUUGGGAAACUGCAGAAGCAGAGCUCAGUGGCUUGGGGAGAGGAAGCAGUGUUGGUCUGGGCACAGCCUGACUCUCCACAGUGCUGUAUGGUCAGAUCUCUGCAGCAGUGGGCCAGUAAUCCACUCAUUCUCUCACCUGCUCAAAAUACCAGUUGUAUGACCUAGUAAUCUCUGUGGACAUUGGCUGAAGGGACGAGCUCCCCUGGGAAGCUCCAGCUCCUGACAUUCCAGCCCCUCCCUCACACCUGGCUGGAUUUCAGGGCCUUGUAAAAAGAGUCAGUGUCUGAGCCCCAGCUCAGAAAGAUGUGGUACAGAGAGGAGACAGGAUGAUCCUGAGGGAGUGAGAGGGCUGGGAAGGUGGGUGUCCCAAGGCACAGCAGGGAUUCUACUCCCUUUCCCAGGUGGAGGUUCUCCCUGAGGGGAUGGUUGCAGGCUCUGAAUCACACCCUGUGGGUUCUGGGUGGUUUUACUGUGUGUGUCUGACGUGCUGUCAGAGACUGUAACUUGCAGUGUUAGAGCCUGACCUGUAAAUGCCGCUGGUUGGCUGCAAAAGAGGAAGAGGAAAUAUUUUCUUCUGCUUCUGUGUUAUAAAAUGUCUUGGCAGAGAGUUCCCUGUCCUGACAUGGUGUUGGAUGAACAGGGACCCUCCAUCACUGUUAACUGGCCAAAAAUUGCUUUGUCCCUUUUGUUCCCACUCUGUCAGACCUUUCUCAUUCCCACGCUCUCAAAUGCCAGGUCUGGAAGUCUUGCACUGGAGUUUCUCUUUUUGGCUGUUUCCUAAGGAGGGCUCUGAACUCCCGCCUGUGGUAUUGCUGUCUGACAGGCUGCUCGGUGGCUUCCCCUGUUCCCAGCCCCUUAUAAGGGCACCAAGAGCUGUUUCUGGAGCCUCUUUGUGCAGCACACAUCCCAGCCGAGCGCCCGGCUUCCAGUGGUAAAGCCAGCCCAGCACCAUCACCAUCACAACUGAGGUUGCUUUGCCUCCAGCCUGAGCAGGAAGCUGAGCACCUGAGCCCAGCUCACUGGGCCAUAUCCCUCCUCUUUGUUGUGUUUCUUUCCCCAUCUGCACUGCUGCCUGCCUCCCCACUCUUCUCUGUCACCUCUUGUCUUGGGUCUUUGCCAGUCGAGGACUUGACAUAUACUGUUGCUGAACACAUCCAGCAGAACAUGCUGCCUUAGUGCUGGCAUGCUGCUGCCGGCAUCCAGCUGUCUGUGAGUGCUUGGUGGUGACACCUCACCCAGCAUCCUCCCCAGGCCACCAGCAAGGGCUGUGCUCCCCAUCAGAAAUGCUCACGUGCCACUGAGGCUCCUGCCAGGGCAGCGAGCACCCUAUAGCUCUAUGCUGAGGGACUUGCCCGGCGUCUGUCCACUCUCUGUCAGCUCUUCUACACAUCUAACAGAGCACCAGGCCCCUGAGCAGCGCUGGGGCUCUGAGUUUCUGCCCUUGUCAUGUCUCCUCUCCCCUCUGGGGUGAUUGGGGAACUUGCCUGGAAAGAUUGUAACUUGUUAUUGCCAAGGGGCUUUACAGAGGCUGACCUCAGCUGCUGCUGCAUGCCAUCCCGUGCUGGCAGAGGUGGCUUGGUGGUGGUUGGUGCCACAUCCUUCAUCUCAUGGCAGCCUGGGUGCGGGUGCUCCUGGUGUGCAGGGACUGCAGAUAGGGCCAUGCUGUCAGUGCUGCUGUUGAGGGAAGAUGAAGGGCUUGAUUGAACCAGACCUGCCUAAGAGCUGACGUGAGCAGGGAUCUCCCUCCAGAGGUCCCUCCCGUGGGUCAUUCUGUGACAGGAGAGUUAACGCUCUCCUCCCAGGGAUCUGUGCAGGGAAUGUGUUGCCUGGAGCACCGCAGCCUCUGCUCAGCAUGCUGUCUGCAGGUUGUUCAGACCUGUCUCUGUAUUAGUCACUUUGAAUUCAUCCAAGUGCCUAACCUGGGCUGUGCUGUUCCUGGGCACUGUGACAGCCGAGAGCUUUGGAGUCUCUCUUAGGAAUGCUUCUGCUGUGUGCACUUGUGCCACUGUCACUUCUAGAAGUGAUUCAGCCAGCGGUCAAAGGGCUGUUCUUCCAACUGAGUUUGUGGAGAUCAGUUCUCCUUUUAUUCAGCUGCCAAGAAGCAAGAGUUUAUGCUUUGCCUCCACCACACAAGGUCCUUAAGCUUCCUGUGGGCUUCAGAUGUCCGUCAGCACGGUCCGUGGGGAGAGCGGCUUGUCCGGCGGGAAGCUGACAUCAGAUACCCAUUGAAAUCACAUCGUUAAUUGCUAGAAAUGUUUUGAAGCUUGUGUCCACUGUGAUCAGAUUUCACCAUCUGCCACCACUUUUUUAGUUGGAGAAGUUUCUCCUUGGCCUCUUCCCUGCAAGCCUGCUGCUCUUCCCUGCUGCUGCUUCCAAACUCUUUGUGUCCCCCUGCCCAGAGCCAGCUGCCAUAGCAAUCCUUGUACAGCGUUUCUUAAGCACUUUUCUGCAAAAUAAGAAGGGAUUAUUUUAGUACUCCUGUUUUGUAGCACUCUUGGGAUAUUUCCAUGCAAGGAGGAGGAGAUGUGCUCCCUGGAGCCUUGUGAGCACUUGCUUAGCUGGAUAGCUGCUCAGAGCAGCCUGUGUGGGGGGGCUAGUGGGCCCAGCCCCCUCAUUGCCUGCUGGUUCCUCACAAAGAGUUCAGCCAGUUGUCAGCUCAGAGUGUCACAGGGAAGUUGGGGCAGGACAACACAGCAUGGGUGGGUGAUACUGUGUGCUGGCUCUAGCCCCGCUCUGUCUGCUGCAUGUCCGUGUCCUCUGGACCUCCUCGUGGAGGUCCUCUGGCUCCAGCUGUGGCAGGAAGGGCUGAGGGGUUGAGAGGCUUUGGGAUUUGGGCUUGGGCACAGGAUUUUUGCCUUCUCAGUGGUGACUUGUGCUGUGUUCACAGGCAGACCCUGCCAGCAUGCAGGGGAGUGCAGCCACUCCAGGUGCUCUCUCUCUGGAGUCCAAGUUCCCUGUGCUGUCUGGGAGCUGGGCCCUUGGCCACGGCACAAGGAAUGGUGGGGAUGGAGAGCUGGUUUGUCCCUCGGCUGGACAGUGUGACAUGAGCUAGGCAGCUUCCCCAGCAGAUUUAGGUGGGAGGAUCCUUGUUUCAGCCGUGCUUGGCAGGGUUGGUGCAAAGCUGUGUGGGGCACCUGCCACUGAAGCAGAUGGGUUGGUUUGUGUGGAAGUGACAGUUUCUGUUACAGUCUCUGGCGAGGGGAUGUCCUUUUGGAGCAGGUGCCCCUCCUACCCCUGGUUUCCAUCCUCCAUGGAUCACACAGACUGGCCCUGCUUGGGUGUCCUUGUGGAGGAUGAGCUGCCUUGCAGAGCCCCCCCAACCCCUGUGUGCUGACUUGUACUUCCAGGCACCCUCACACAGGGGUAGCACUUCUUCGGGUGAGCAUCCGAAAUACCUUCCCCUGCGGGGACCAUUAGGCCUUGCCCUCAGGAGUCCCUUUAAGGCCUUAUUAUCGUCUGGGACUCUGCGUUGUGUUAAUUAGCCCUUUCCGUUCCUGUUGCUAGAGGCAGCCCCUGUGAGAGUCUGGUGACUCACACAGACACAGGCUGCUGUGAAAGAGAAGGUGCUGCAAAGCUGUCCCCAGAAAUACCUCCUGCCCCUGCCCCCUCUGCUGCCCAGGCCCGGGUCGGCGUCCGUGGCGGUGUGGGACACCGUUCCCUCCUCCCGAUCCCCGGCAGAGCAGCGCUUCCCACAGCAACUGCUCUGGGGGCUGCGGGGGCUCCAGGUGGGCACUGCCCAGCCCUUCACACCCAUCUCUGGCAGCCAGUGUCUCUCAGAGAGCCGUCUCCUUGCCAUGGCGCAACCACCCUGCCCCAGCAGGCGCCGGUGUCCCAGGUGCUGGGGGGUCGCAGCGACCGCAGCCCAGGGGAGGGCGGUGAACUAACUUUUGUAUGAGGAAUUUACAACAACCAACCAUCAUGUUCUCGAGUGAACUUCUUACUGUUUCAUUUGUUUGUGUAGAAUGUGUCCGAAGCGAUAUUGAUAUUGACUGUUUAAUAUGAGGCCGGGCUGCCCCACACUCGGUGUUGUAUGUUUUGGAAUGGCAUUGUUUGGUGGAAAGACAGCGUUAGUAGCAUUGUGCUCUUCGGAGGGAGAGGGACAAAAAAACACACUGUCGUUUUUUCUUACAUGAAGUGAACUUUUUGUUAUGAAGUCCUAACAGCUGUCCAGCCUUUCAGUAAAAUGGUGCU